UUCAUCAUGCCUGAUCCAGUGAAAGCCCCGAAGAAAGGUUCAAAGAAGGCCGUUUCAAAGGCCACCAAGACCGGCAAGAAGAAGAGAAAGACCAGGAAAGAGAGCUACGCCAUCUAUGUGUACAAGGUGCUGAAGCAGGUCCACCCCGACACCGGAAUCUCCUCCAAGGCCAUGGGCAUCAUGAACUCCUUUGUUGGAGAUAUCUUUGAGCGUAUUGCUGGUGAGGCUUCCCGCCUUGCUCACUACAACAAGCGCUCCACCAUCACCUCCAGGGAGAUCCAGACCGCCGUCCGUCUCCUCCUGCCCGGUGAGCUGGCCAAACACGCCGUGUCUGAGGGCACCAAGGCCGUCACCAAGUACACCAGCUCCAAGUAAACCUGCUGGUUACACCAACAACUCAAAGGUCCUUUUCAGGACCACCCACUCCUUCACCUGAGAGCUUUAUUCCUGCCAUCAUCUAGUUGUAUUGUACUGUG